AUGUGCAGGUACCACGCUCAUCAACAUCCCUGCGGCCACUUGAGGACGAUAUUCGCGGAGUUCUGUCCUCCGGCCGAGCUGGCACAGCGGCCAUGCGGUCACGGCGAAAUAUGGGCAACCGUGGAACUGGAGCUGGAGUGCUACACGUGU